AUGGCUGAGCGUAAGGUCCUCUCAAAGUAUUACCCACCGGACUUUGAUCCGUCUGCGAUCGAGGGCAAAUCCAAGCGUUCUCGCAAGGAUGGAAAACCCGAGCCGAAACUGACUGCCAGCCGUCUGAUGACCCCAUUCUCGAUGAAAUGCACUCAUUGUGGCGAGUUCAUUCCCAAGGGUCGUAAGUUCAACGCGCGCAAGGAGACCGUUGAAGAGAAGUACCUGUCAAUCCCGAUCUUCCGGUUCUACAUCCGUUGCAGCCGUUGCAGCGGCGAGAUCACUUUCCGCACCGAUCCCAAGAACAACGACUACCAGUGCGAACGCGGCGCCAAGCGCAACUUCGAAGUCUGGCGUGACGCCAAAGACGAAAAGUACAACGACGAGACCGAGGAGCAGACUCUUGACCGACUUGAGAAGGAGCAUGGCGCAAAGGAAGAGCAGCUCGAGCGUGACAAGAUGGCCGAACUCGAAGACAAGAUGCUCGACUCCAAGCGCGAGAUGCAGGUCGCUGACGCCCUCGACGAAAUCCGAACCCGCAAUGCGCGCAUCGAGCGCACCGAGGCCCUCGGCGACAAAGCUGAUAUCGCUACUGCCCAGGAAAAGGUCGAUGAGGAGGCCCUCCGCAUUGCUAAGGAAGAGGAUGAGGAGAUGGAGGUUCUUCUCCAGGAGUUCAGGGCCAAGCAGCGUGCCGUACGCCAGGCAGCGAUGGACGCUGAAAUUGAAGAAUUCAACGCAAGGAUUGGGGCUCCGCCGAAAAAUCCUUACCCAUGGGGCAAGAGAAUCAACAAGCGCCGCCGUGGCCCCGAGGGUAACGCUUUGACGCCCAAGCCAAGCAAGGAAUAA